AUGGCAAGUAACGAUGUGCGUGACAUUCUUGGGUUGUCUGGCCUCAAUGCUGAAGGAUCUGUGAAAAAACCUAUGAGAAUUGAAAAAGAAAAGAAACCUGAAGGGAUAAGUCGUGAACUAUUUCAACUCAUUGGGGGUCCGCCGCCAGUCGCUUUCAUAAAACCAGCAUUCAAAGCGAAACCUAAUCUACGAAAGAAAGCAGUUGCUUGGAAUUAUCGAGCAUUCACCAAUCCAGCUCGUGAUGAUACCCUUGAAUUGCGUCAUUGGGUAAAAGCGAGCGAGGAUGAGAAUCAAGCAUAUCGAUUUAAUGAAUUCAAUAAAGUAAUAAAUAUAAUCGAUUAUGCUGAACAAGAGUAUAAUAAUUUAUUUAAUAACGAGACAGACUGGACAAAGGAAGAAACCGAUUACCUAUUCGAAUUAUGUAGAAAAUAUGAUCUGAGAUUUCUUGUUAUUGCAGAUCGGUAUGAGUGGCCUAAUAAGCGAAGGACAAUGGAGGAUCUUAAAGAGCGCUAUUAUUAUGUAACGAAAGAAAUUAAUACUUCUAGAGCUAAUGCAGGCGGCGGAUCUAAAGAUAAUAUUAGUUCCAUAUACAAUUUCGAUAAAGCGAGAGAAAUUGAAAGGAAAAAGAAUUUAGAAUAUUUGUUUAACAGAACCCCCGAGCAGAUCAAGGAGGAGGAAGUCUUGCUUCAAGAGUAUGAACGAAUAGAACAAAAUGAAAAGAAAUUUUCAAAAGAGCGAGAAAAUUUAUUAAAAAUGUUAAAUUUCCAAGAUAUAAAUCCAUCGCCUCCCAAACGAAAGAAGUCUCUGCUCAAUGGUGGUCCUACAACUCCAACUGCCGAUACAAGUGGUGCAUUCUUCGCAAAUUCAGCUGAAUCUCCCCCCAACAAAAAAAUGCGACGCUCUUCGUCAUCCUCCGUCGGAACAUCAACAAUGGAGGUUCAUUCACCUACCGAUGCAUAUCCACCGAAUGCUCCUCGGCGUGAAAAAUUACCACCUGGUGUUGUUGUUCGAAGCCAAAAAAUCCCACCAGUUAAACAAAGCGCAAUAAAUAAAGUUACCAAGUACUUGGGAGAAUGUCAUCUAAACACACGUCCUAACAUGGCUACUGAAACUGUUUGUGCAAAAUGGGCAGAACUUCAAAAAGGCAUUGUAAAUAUGUUGGAGUUAAAACGUCACGUGGAAAAGUUGGAAAAUGAUCUAGACACAAAGAAAAAACUGCUCGCCAAAGCAAAAGCCAACUCAACAACUCAAAAACAUCAAACUACUUAA